UGUCUCUCCUGAUUGAUAUCCCAUGCAAAGAGCUUUUUGAAUCUGAGUUGCAGCCGCCAUGCUGGGAAGGACAAACUUGCUACUCAUUUGCAGCACCUCCUGAACUCAAAACUUACCUUACCCAGGUCCAGAGAAAGGCGAAUUUCUCCUAAAGAAAAGGGUUUACUCUUGAACGUCCCGUUUGAAGACAGAAGAGCCGCACGAGCAAACUUAUGAAUUGAGUAUUUUCACAACUGGGACCAUGACAGGCAGCAUAAUGCAAGGGAUGGACAGCCACCAAACCCUGUAGCAGCAUCGCCCCGCGUCAGCCUCCAUUUGAAGUGACUGCAGCAGAUUGAGGUUACCCUGUGGGGCAUUGUCAGUCAGCCAUUGAAACUGUACUUCAUGCAAAGCAGGCCGUUGCAAACGAUAAUGAUGGCAUUAAGAUGCAGGGAGAAACGUUUAACCUGUGUAGGAAACAUAACAGUUUCUAAGGUACCCGAGUCAAAUAUGGCGCUAAGUGUUCUCAGCAUAUUCUUGGGGUUACUUCUUGAAGUUUCGACACACGGACCUACGGGUAUACCCAGGACUACUUGGAAGCAUCAAGAGGUAAAUCUAAUACAGUUCACUGAAACAGGAAUAUUCAACUAUUCUAUAUUAUUGCUAAAUGAAGAUACAAAUGUAUUAUAUGUGGGAGCAAGAGAAGCCAUAUUCGAACUAGACAUGGAAAAUAUUUCUGUCAAAAAAAAUGAGGUUUUCUGGAAAGUUCCUGAAGAAAAGCAAACUGCUUGUGUAUUGAAAGGCAAAUCUAGAGAGACUGAGUGCCUCAACUACAUACGAGUCUUGCAAGUACUGAACGAUGCCAGCCUCUAUGUUUGCGGAACAUAUGCAUUUCAGCCCACAUGUGAUUACCUGUCUCUGCAGGAUUUUAAAUUGGAAAAUAAAAAUGAAGAUGGAAGGGGGAGAUGUGCAUUUGAUCCAGCUCAAAGCUUUGCAUCAGUGAUGGUUGACGGAGACCUUUACUCUGGAACAGCUUUCAACUUUUUAGGAAGUGAACCAAUUAUUCACAGAAGCUCUCCACAGAUGUCCUUGCGGACAGAGUAUUCAAUAUCUUGGUUGAAUGAGCCCAGUUUUGUUUUUGCUGAUGUGAUCCGAGAGAGCAAAAACAGCCCAGAUGGUGAUGAUGACAAGAUCUACUUUUUCUUUACGGAGGUGUCCGUCGAAUAUGAAUUUGUUGGCAAACUCUCUAUUCCCAGGAUAGCCCGGGUCUGCAAGGGUGAUUUAGGAGGACAAAGGACCUUACAGAAGAAAUGGACAUCCUUCCUCAAGGCCAAACUUGUAUGUUCCAUGCCGGAGUUGAACUUUGUCUUCAACGUCGUUCAUGAUGUUUUUAUUUUGAAGACCCCAGACUGGAAGGAAACGGUCAUUUAUGGCGUUUUCACUUCCCAGUGGGGAAAUAUUGGAUUAUCUGCAGUCUGUGCGUACAACAUGUCUACUGUAGAUGAAGUUUUCUCGAAAGGAAAGUAUAUGCAAAAGGCCUCUGUUGAACAGUCUCAUACAAAGUGGGUGAGAUACAAUGCCAUGCCUCCCAGUCCUCGCCCUGGAGCGUGUAUAAACAACAUUGACCGGUUACAGAACAUAAGCGAUUCUCUCCGUCUGCCCGACAAAACACUGCAGUUUAUCAAAGAUCACCCUCUGAUGGACGAUCAGGUGCUGCCAAUUGGGAAUGGACCAAAACUAAUAAGAAGGGAUGUGAACUACACGCAGAUUGUAGUCGACAGAGUCCGAGCACUUAACAACAAUGUUUAUGAUGUUAUUUUUACAAGCACUGAUAAAGGAGUCUUGCAGAAAGCCAUAAUUUAUGACAAUGAAGUACAUGUUGUUGAAGAAAUACAACUGUUCACAAAUUUUGAACCAAUUAAGACAUUGCUUUUGUCAUCUCGGGGGAAGAAGUGGUUGUAUGCUGGUUCAGAUGCUGGAGUUGUUCAGUCACCAACUGCAUUUUGUGAAAAAUACCUGUCUUGUGCAGACUGCAUUUUAUCCCGGGACCCAUACUGUGCCUGGGACUCUGAAGACAACUCUUGUGUGGUCCAAGACCAUGAAAGUAGAAAAAGUAAUCUUAUACAGAACUUAAAUGGAGAUGCAAAUGUCUGUCCACGAGUAAAAUAUGUAUCCAGUGAUGACUACCAGAAGAUUAUUGUAAAGCCUAGAAAUGCAGCCGAACUCCAGUGCCAGCUUAAGUCCAAUCUAGCCAAAGUAGUUUGGAAGUUGAAUGGCACCGUUCUGUCUGUUGAAGACUCCAGGUAUCACCUGCUAAGAGGUGACAGUCUGCUCAUUUUGAGUGUCUCUGAACAGGACCUGGGUAACUAUGAAUGCUGGUCAGAAGAGCAAGUGAAAAGCAGUAGCUUUGCCCAGCUGGUGGCUGGUUUUGUCUUAAGCUUUGACUUGAAUGUUCCAUCUACAACAUCAGACCCCACCUCCACUGCCACCACAACCACCACUCCCCUCAAUCCUGUGAUCCAAACAGAAGGUAAUGCCAAUACAGCCGAAUCCACACUAACUUCAACAUCACCAGGCUCUACUACUCCCACCACAUUGCCUUCCCAAACUGAAACAAAACUAACCCCAACGUCAAGCACCACAGUACAAACAUUGUGGACGCUUCCUAUCCCUAUAUCAGAUGUUCCUAACCUUGAAACUAAAGAUCCUUCCACUGAAUACAUUAAGUCAAAUAAUAGCAAUGCCCUUUUGUUACUGUUUUUGCUCUUCUUUAUUCUUUUCCUGGCGUUAAUGGCUUACAACUGCUACAUGCAGUUCCUGCCACCCCCCUGCCUUAAGCUGCGUGCUGCCUUGUUGGGUAGCAACAAGAAGGCCAAGCCUGAAUACAUGGCUUGUGAAGCAGGUUUGAUAGAGCCAAUAGUGGAAAAGACUGUGCAGAUUGAGGCACACAACCAGAACGGAGCUCAGCAGAAGGGUUUGAGGGACACAGGUUAUGAAACGGAACCUGACUGCAGCAAUGGCAAAAUCCCAACUACUAAACAUCUGGAAGAGCCUCAGGAGAGCAAAGACAAGCCUUUUGAUGUCAUUUGUGAAUCUCAACCCAUUGAAUAUGCUGAUGCAGAUGCGCCUUGCUGAUAGAUGCUUUGCUUGCCAGAGUUUUUACAUUUUUUUUUUAGUUUUAUGUAUUUUAUUAUAUUUUAUUUUUAUUUUUUUUGCUGUGCUUACUGGCUCUUUCAACUCCAUGGUGAAUCAGGGUUAGAAGCACUAUAGACUUUUGUUUGUUUGUUUUUUUGGGACAAUGGGUUUCUAACUUGUGUGACCCCGUCUUUUCCAUUAUGGUAGUAAAUCUAUAGGUUUAUAUUGUAUGAGAUGAAUUAUUAUCAUGGACUCAUUUAAAAUGUAUUUUUUAAAUAUUUUUAAUUUCGACAACCUGCGUUACAUUCAGCAAUUUAUUAUUUUUUUUAAUUUGCCAUUUAAUUUGAAUUCCAAAUUGGAAACUUAAUUUAUCAAAUUGGUAACUAACAUUAAUGUUUUCCAAAUUGGAGUAUGUUACUUUUUAUAUUUGUAAUAUAUUAAAUUGGUUGUCACAUAAUUUGUAUAUUGAAAUGUACCUGUGCAUUGUGCUGUGUUUGAUGCAGGUUGACUGGAUUUGUUUUUUUUGUUUUUUUUUCUUUUUUAUGUAAAUUCUCAGGGAUGUUGCUUUGUUUCUGUUCAUGCCUUGUUACAUACAAUGCUGUUAAUAAGCUGCAGAUGCUGUUGCUUUAGUGCAUCCAGUCACUGAAAUCACAAGGGCAUGUUACAUGGGAUGAACAAAAUCGCAUGCUAAAAUGAAGAAAAAGUAGCCUGGGAGAAUAAAAGUAACAGCAGCUGAUUGUGAGCCAAAACCAUUAUACAAAGGUUCUUCAUUAUGAUAACCUGUGUUUGUGUAUACUUUGAGAAUGUGUAGCCAGAUCUGGAGUACCUCUGGAAUAAAACACUGGAGUUAGAUUGCAGUGCAAAAAAACAACAGGUGUACAAACCGGGCCUUGCAGAACUGUCAGUCAUUGCCCACACACUUGAUGUUAUUGUUUAUAUUGUACAGAUUUUGUCAUAUGUUUAUUUCCCAGUGUAAAGGUUUUGUAUUGCGAGAAGUAACUUGAAGAAGGUAACAUUUCAUGGCAUAAUCCUGUCAUGUACUGGAGCUAUUUUUCUUAAUUGGUGUAUAUAAAAGAAAACUGAAACAUCUCAAAUAAAUACAGUAGUUACAUGCCAUGAAUACAAUAAUUCUGUCAUGCGAAGAAUAAUGUUGGGUGUUAUAUUUGACCCUACCAUAGAAUAUAUAUGAAGAUAACCAUGUUUUUUUUUUGGGGGGGGGGCUGGGCUUUACACAUGUAUAGUAAAUACUUUUUAACAAGCUUAAUAGAAGAAUUGAGUUUUAUUUAAUGUGAAAAAUGUUUUGAACGUCCAUUUAUUGGUACAAUCUUUGUUCCUCUCAGCAUACCGUUUCUAUACAGUGGUACUGUGUCUGCCAUAAGGUUCCAUUAUUGUAGUUGAAAAUAAGCCUGUUAUUAAUAGGGUUCAGGUAGCAGCAAGUAUCUCAUACACUUUACCUGGUUCCAUCUUUCCAUGAGAGUGCCACACAUCCUCACUCAUUCAUUCCUGCUCUGUCCUAAACUUUUUUGUAAUAUGUAGUUGAUAUCAUUUCUUCUUUGGCCUGCAUCCUUAGAGCGCACUUAUGUUUUUACACCUUUGUUUC